AUGGCUUCGGGACGGCGCCUCAAGUAUGGAGGACUGCUGGUUACGGCUUGCGGGGUCGCGAACGCCGCCAUAGUAUCGCGAGCCGCUCAUCUUCCUUCCUCCAUUCAGAUGCUCUCGGUCCCCUCAGAAGAUACACCAAUCGCUCUCGAAAUUGGGCUCAGAAUGCAAAACAUCGAAAAGCUAGAGGGCAUGCUUCGCGAUGUCUCCGAACCCAAGAGCGCCAACUACGGCCGGUAUCUGAGCAUGUCGGAAGUACACGAGGUCUUUCGCCCCUCAGCGGACUCGAGUACCGCUGUCACGGCGUGGUUGGAGAGCAACGGAAUCACUGACAUCGUGGACAAUGGCUUCUAUAUCAACUUUGCAACUACCAUCUCAAAAGCCAAUAGCUUGCUCAACUCAUCCUUUUCGUACUUUGAUGUGCAGGGCACGAAGAAACUGCGAACGCGGGAGUACUCCAUCUCGGACGACAUGGCCCGCCAUAUUGAACUCGUUACGCCGACGACGUACUUCGGAACAACCAAGUCACACCGUCCCGUGAAAAUGCCCGGUCCGGAGGCAUAUGGGUCGCGGCUUCUGGCAAGGCAGGAGGGUAACUCAACCGAACGAUCGCCGUGCUCUCGACUUCUUACCCCGUCGUGUUUGAAAGAGAUGUAUGGUUUUGGUGACUACGAAGUUGACCCGGAAUCCAGUAGCCGCGUUGCCUUUGCUAGUUUCCUAAACCAGUCGGCAGUUCCAAAUGAUUUGGAUGUCUUUACGGAGACCUUCGACUUGCCCAAGACGAGCUGGGAAUCCGUUAUUAUUAACGACGGUGAUGACCACCAGGACCCUCGAGGAAACGUGGGCGAGGCCAAUCUAGAUUCGCAGAUGCUUGCUCUCUCGGGACAGACUCUUCCCAUGAUACACUACGUCACCGGCGGAAGCCCGCCGUUCGUCCCGAAUCUUAGACUCGAUGCCGACUCGAACACGAACGAACCAUACCUGGAGUUUUACCAACACUUAAUGGACCUGGAGAAUCACGAGGUUGCGCAAGUGAUAUCAAUCUCUUACGGCGAUGACGAACAGACCGUGCCAAGGGACUAUGCUAUUCGCACGUGUAAUCUGAUGGGCAUGAUGGGCCUUCGUGGAGUGUCAAUCAUCGAGUCUUCUGGAGAUGGAGGGGGCACGCAGGGAUACGAUCCCGAAAUCGCGUGGGUUGGUAGUUCGGGGGGCUUCAGCAACUACUUCGAACGUGCCUGGUACCAGGAAGCAGCGAUCGAGAGAUACUUGGACGAAGUGCUGGAUCCAGAUCUUAAGGAGGAAUACGAGCAGUAUGCCAACUACGGCGGGAGGGGGUUCCCGGACAUCUCGGCUCAUAGCUCUAGUCCCUCGUACCACAUUAUCAUCGGAGGCUCUGCCUCAUUCUCGGGCGGAACAUCGGCGGCUGCACCGCUGAUCGCGGGCAUGAUUGGCUUAUUAAACGACGCGCGGUUGAAGGCGGGAAAGCCUACGAUGGGGUUCCUUAACCCAUGGCUCUAUAGCGAGGGAUACCAGGCCCUCACUGACGUUGUCGGCGGUUACUCAAAGGGCUGCGACGGAUGGGAUACCCAAUCCGGCCGAGAGGUUCCGGGUGCCGGUGUUAUUGGAGAGAGGGGCGCGUACUGGAAUGGGACUGAAGGUUGGGAUCCUGCUACGGGAUUGGGCAUGCCGAACUUCAAGCAGUUGCUUAAGUUGGCUAUGGGAGAUAAUGUCGACGUGGGAGAUGAUGGUCAAGAAGGUUUUGAUGAACGGGGCUCAGACAAUGAUACCAAAGAUGGUUCCAAACAUAUGUCCGCGGAGAAGGGCGUUGAGGGGGGCGUAGUUAGAUGA